AUGGAAGAGUUAUGGGAAAAUUUUCAUCUUCAUAUGGAAUUGGAUUGCGGUGAUGAUUACUUCAUAGACAACGUUAUUAACAUUGACGAUGGUGAUGACUUUCUUAGAGAGAUUAUGUUAGAAACACCACAAAGUGAUGAAAAUGAUUCUGGUAAUUGCGGUUUUGAGGUUGUUAAUAACAUGAUAAAAAGUGACUGUUCAAAUUCUGUAGUAUCUGAACAACAACAAGAACCAGGACAGUCAAAACAUGUUGGUGGUCGAUGUUGUUUACCAAAGACGUUCAUUCUGUCGUUUGAUAACUCAACUGUGAUACCUGCUACUACAUCUCAACCUUGUGUCAAUUCGGAAGCUAAACGUGAUUCGAAGAAUAAACGGAGCCGGAGCCAUGAAAGUAAUGAAAAGAUGAAAAGAAAUGAAGAAAAAGUAGUGAAAAAAGGUAGAAACAGUUUUCAGUGUGCUGAUCAUAUAAUCGCAGAGAGAAAACGGAGACAGGAAUUGACGGAGAGAUUCAUCGCGCUUUCGGCCACCAUUCCCGGAUUGAGCAAGACGGAUAAAGCUUCUAUACUUCGAGCAGCAAUUGAUUAUGUGAAACAGCUUCAAGAACGUGUUCAUGAGCUAGAAAAACAAGACAAAAACGUUGGUGUCACAUCAAUGAUGGUCCUCAACAAACCUAAUCUACGUGGAAUUAUUAACAAUAAUGAAGGAGACAAAAAUUCUGGUGAAACGAGUAGUGAUGAUGAUGAUGAUUGUAACAAAAAUAUCCUCCCAGAGAUUGAAGCAAGAGUUAUGGGAAAGGAAGUGCUUAUUGAAAUUCAUUGUGAGAAACAAAUCGGAAUUGAGCUUAAAGUACUAAAACACAUUGAAAAUCUUGAGCUUUUUGUUACUGGCAGCAGUGUCUUGCCAUUUGGGAAAUCAAAUAUUUCCGUUACUAUUAUUGCUCAGAUGGGCGAAGGAUACAAAGUGAGAGUGGAUGAUCUUGUGAAAAGCCUUAGGCGAGUGAUUUUGAAAUAUGAAAUAGGAUGUGAAAGUGAUCUGUUCUAG